AUGAUCAGUCUACUGUUCCAUGAAAAGGGCAUGUGCGUAGCCAGGACUGUCAUACGAGCAUACUUUGCUACUUAUGAGCCCGAACUUGUUCGUGAGCGGAAAGCACAACGUCUGAAGAGGAAACAUUUUUGGGCUGCGGGGGUCAACGAUUUAUUUGCUGUAGAUCAGCACGAUAAAUGGCUAAGAUUUGGCCUCGCUCUUCAUACUGGAAUCGAACCUUUCUCAGGGCGCAUCAUGUGGAUCCGUGUAUGGCAUUCCAAUAGGAACCCACAGCUCAUUCUCAGCUACUACUUGGAUACAAUCCAGAAGCUUGGUCAUAUGCCUAUGGUGACCCAAAGUGACCCUGGUACUGAGAACUACGGCAUUGCAAAUGCCCAUACAAUGCUACGGCAAUGGCAUGAUCCUGCGCUGCAAGGCACACUCCAGCAUCGUUGGAUGCGGUCGAAGAAGAACAUAAUGCCUGAGAUUACAUGGUCCCAGUUACGCCGCCGCUUCACUCCUGGCUUCGAAUCAAUACUGGACCGGGGAGUUGAUGAAGGUUGGUACAAUAGUAACAAUACUCUACAAGUAAUGGUAUUCCGUUGGGUCUUUAUUCCUUGGUUGCAACGUGAACUCGAUGCAUACCAGGACCGCAUUAACAACACAGCGAAGAGGCGUGAUCACAAUAAGGUACUUCCACACGGUGUUCCCAGUCUCAUCUAUGAGUCGCCUGAAGAUUUUGGGGCUCUGGACUUCAAAAUCGCUGUAGAACAAAACGCUAUCGAUCAUGUUCGGGCACUCUACAUCAAACCUGACCACCCCGUAUUUGACCUUGUGCCUCCCAAUCUGGGUGAUCACAUUCAGCUUUGCUAUGAGCAGAUGGGCCAUCCUAUUGUCGACCGUGACUCAGUGUGGCAUGUAUAUUGUGAUUUGCUCCAUAUGCUUCAGCAUGGCGCUGAUGAUCCCACUCUCCUUGUCGUCUCUGGUGAUGACGAUGAGGAAUUAGAAGAACUUUCCCUCCUCAAUAACUACCAAGACCUGCCAUUUAACGAGGACGGUUACUACAUGGGGGGCGUUGGUGGUGGGUUGGGGCUGAAUGCAGCGCACCACCAGCGGUUAGACAGCCUCAUGGAGGAGGACGAGCCUGACGUCUCCAAGUCUGUUGAUGGUGACGCCAUCGUCGAGCAUGAUGGUCUUGUUAUUUGGGGUUUCUCAGAUGAUGACUCGGAAGAUGAUGCUGAGACUGAUCAAUGGUAA